AUGUUUGAUUGGGUAAGAUUCUUAAGUGAGGGUAAUCUUUCAAUAUCAAUAAUAAAUGUUGGUGUGUUUAUUCCUGGGAAUGUUAUUCCCACAGGUGUCUUAGUCUUGCUACACCAAGCGAUUUUGAGGAAUGGUGGGGGGUGGCAUGGGUUGGGAUGGAUUGGGGAAGGGAAGUGGGUCGUGAGGAAAGGGAAUGUUGAGCCGAAUGGUCGAUGUUGUAGCUGUGGAGACCAGUUGGAUUGUGUUGAUAUCGGUGAUGUCGAGACAGAGAAGUUUGCGCUUUCGGUUGCUGGCUUGGCUAUGGAGAGGGAGGUUAAGGCUAACUUUAGGGAGUUACAGGAUUGGUUGGAAAAAAAUGCCAAUUAUGAAGCCAUAGUGGAUGGAGCAAAUAUUGGGCUCUACCAACAAAAUUUUGCAGAGGGUGGAUUCAGUGUUCUUCAGCUCGAUGCUGUUGUAAAAGAAAUGUAUACUAGAAGUGGGAAUAAAUGGCCACUUGUCAUCCUGCAUAAUAAACGUGUGCGAGCCCUCUUGGGAAAUCCUUCCUCUCGAAAGCUAGUUGAAGAAUGGAUGGCUAAUGGUAUUCUUUAUACAACACCUCAUGGUUCCAAUGAUGAAAAAGGACUGGUUCAGUGCUGA